AUGCCGUCGUCUAAACCUUCAGUAGCUCUCUGCCUUGCGUGUUCUGCAUCGCUGCCCCCUGGCAGAGCCAAUACCAAGAUCUACUAUACUAGCUGCUGUUCACGGCCGAUCUGCCCAAACUGCCUUAUCGCUAACCCGCGUCUCGCACGAUACAAUCCCUGCCUCCGAUGUUUGGCAGGAGUAAACGCCGUGAAUUCGCGCUCGCUCUCUGGUACCCUGGCAGGGGACGGCAAUUCCACACCGUCGCGGGCAAAUGUAGAUGGGUCAGUGAGAGACGAGGAUGUGUUUGUGCUGGGAGAUGAGGACGGCGACGAAAGCGAGACGGAGUCAGACGAUGAGGAUGGACGGUCGGUUAAACAACGUGCUGAAGGGUCGAUUGCUUCUGCCGCCCCAAGCGAGGCUCCUCCGCCUCGAACGCCCGACUACUCCGGUUCAAUAGCAAGUCGUCCCCACUCCUUGAAGUCACAAACGGGCAGCACCGCGGACUCGGAGACGGCUGCACAAGGGGACAUUCAGACUGAACGUGGACAGCCUCCCAAGUACUAUCUCAGACCCGACGAUACUCUGCUAGGAAUCUCACUGAGGCUGGGAGUCGACAGUCGCAUCUUGUGUCGCCUGAACAAUCUCCCUCCCUCGACUCUUCGCACAACCCCUCAUCUGCUACACACUCGCUCCUACCUUGUCCUUCCACCUUCUGCACGCCCUCCGCCUCCACUCUCGCCAACGGAGCGAGCACUCCACGAGGAGCGCCGAGCCCGUCUCGCACUUGAGCGUUCCGAGACACAGUUUCAGGCCAUGACCAAGGAGACGGACCGGGACGUCGCGAAGGCGUAUAUUGCCAUCGCCGGCCUUUCCGAUAGUGCAGACGAUAUUGGCGAUGUCAAGGAAUACGACAAGGGCGAUGGAAGAGGUCUUCGGAAGCGCAGACCCCAUGCCGGGGAGCUUCAUGGGGAAGGCGAUACUGGUCUGGAAGGCCGCGCGAUGGAACAGUACUUCGACGAUGAGGACUGGGUGUCGCGCGAGCGCGCCAAGGGGAGGAAGGUCGCUAUCCCGUCUUUCCCGGUCGCGGGACCCAGUCGAGUCGCUGAGAAGAUGGUUGCCGGUGAGCAGAAGCCUUGGUGGCGUUGGCGGAACUGA